AUGUCUUCCUCGCUCGAUCAAUUGAAAGCCACCGGCACUGUCGUGGUGUGCGACUCUGGUGACUUUGCCACCAUUGGCAAGUACAAGCCUCAGGAUGCCACCACCAACCCGUCUCUGAUCCUCGCGGCUGCUAAGAAGCCCGAGUACGCCAAACUCAUUGACGUCGCCGUCGAGUAUGGCAAGCAGCACGGCAAGACGAUCGACGAGCAGGUCGAUGCCACUCUCGACCGCCUGCUGGUCGAGUUCGGCAAGGAGAUCCUGAAGAUCAUUCCCGGAAAGGUUUCCACAGAAGUCGACGCUCGUCUGUCUUUCGAUAUCCAGGGCUCUGUGGACAAGGCUCUGCACAUCAUCCAGCUCUACGAGUCGAUUGGUAUCUCGAGGGACCGUGUCCUGAUCAAGAUCGCCUCAACUUGGGAGGGCAUUCAGGCUGCUCACAUCCUGCAGUCGAAGCACAACGUCAACACCAACCUGACUCUUAUGUUCUCCAUCGUGCAGGCCAUCGCGGCUGCCGAGGCCGGCGCUUUCCUCAUCUCCCCCUUCGUGGGCCGCAUCCUCGACUGGUACAAGGCCGCCCACAAGCGGGACUACACCCCCCAGGAAGACCCGGGUGUCAAGUCGGUGCAGUCCAUCUACAACUACUACAAGAAGCAUGGCUACAAGACCAUCGUCAUGGGUGCGUCGUUCCGUAACACGGGUGAGAUCACCGAGCUGGCUGGCUGCGACUACCUGACGAUCUCGCCCGCCUUGCUGGAGCAGCUCUACAACUCCACCGAGCCCGUGCCCAAGAAGCUGGACCCGGCCGGUGCCGCCUCCCUGGACAUCCCCAAGCGUUCGUACCUGAACAACGAGUCGCUUUUCCGAUUCGACCUGAACGAGGACGCCAUGGCAGUGGAGAAGCUGCGGGAGGGUAUCUCGAAGUUUGCGGCUGACGCCGACACCCUGAAGGCCCUUCUGAAGGAGAAGAUCCAGGCGUAG